GAUCGCUGUUCUUAACAAAAAUGAAGUUAUUUCAAGCUUACAGCUUACUGAUCAUCAUCUUCGUUUCAUUCACAGCAACAUCAACAGCAGGUUCGAUAUACUCCAAGGCAGGUUGCGCACGUUUCUGCGGGGAAGUGCAGAUUCCUUACCCUUUUGGGAUCGGAGUAAAUUGUUCUGUCAGUGAAUGGUACGCUGUUGAUUGCAACUCAUCGACGCCAUAUCUCUCUGCACUCAACAACCUGGAGGUACUUGAGAUAAACGUGGAUAUGCAAAUGGUGGCUGUUAAUGUCUCGUUGAUCUCUGAUUACAGUAUCGACCUUGGUAGGAGCCCCUUUCUGUUUUCCAGAUUACACAACAGAUUUGUUGUUCGGGGUUGUGGAAAUGCAGUCAUCUUGGACCAUGGAGGUGUUAUCACUGGUUGUUCAACGAUAUGUACUCAAAACGACACUCUUGAUGACAUAUGCCGGUCGUGCGAAACAACAAUUCCUCAUUAUCUUAAGUCGUACAAAGUUGAUCUCGCGGGUUUGGAAAGGCUUGGUGGAGAUGGAAAUUGUGGGUAUGCGUACUUGGCAGAUCGUUCAUCUCGUAUUUUUGGUCGGUAUUCGGGCUACUCGGAUUUCCGAAUAUCACUAUUGUGGACUAUAUCAGAUCGUGACUUCCAUAAACUAAGUUGUUGUUCUAAGUGGCAUAGACUCAAAUUUGAUUUAGGAGAUGGGACUUCAGUCGAGUCGUGGAAAUGUAACUACUCUUUACCAUAUAAUGCAAGCCCUUACUUAUUAGAUGGAUGCAAGAACAUCGAAGAAUGUUCAAGCUGCAGGAGUGAUGGACGUGUGUGUAACUACGGUGAUACAUAUGAUGAUGACGGCGUUCUUAGCAGUUGGAACUUCACUUGUUCAAGAAAAGGACACAACGGAUUAUCCAAGAACGCCAUUUUAGGUGUUAGCAUAAGCAUUGGUGCAAUUUUUCUUCUAGAAAUCAUCAGUUUCUCAUACAAUAUUUUCCAGAAAACAAAAGCUAGGAGGCAGAGAAGGAGAUUUUUUAAACGCAAUGGUGGUUUACUUUUAAAACAACAACAAGAAGCUGACCCAUCUUUAGUUGAUAAAACUAUACUUUUCAUGUCACAAGAGAUGGAGAAAGCCACUGACUGCUUCAAUGAAAACAGAAUUCUUGGUCGAGGAGGCCAAGGUACAGUGUAUAAAGGGAUGUUAGUGGACGGAAGGAUUGUAGCGGUCAAGAGAGCAAAACUAGUUGAUGAAAGCCAAUUAGAGCAAUUCAUCAAUGAGGUUGUAAUUCUUUCCAAAGUCAAUCAUAGGAAUGUGGUCAAGCUAAUAGGAUGUUGCUUAGAGACGGAGGUUCCUCUGCUAGUUUCGGAGUUCAUUUCAAAUGGAACAUUGUACAAACAUAUUCACUAUGAGUCAGAUGAAUACUCAAUGUCUUUGAACACGAGAUUACAAAUCGCUACAGAGGUUGCAUCAGCAGUUGCUUACUUGCAUUCGGCAACUUCCAUACCAAUAUACCAUAGGGACAUUAAAUCCACCAAUAUACUUUUGGAUGAUAAAUAUAGGGCCAAAGUCUCUGACUUUGGAACUUCUAGGAUUGUGUCAAUGGAUCAAACUCAUUUGACUACAUUAGUCAAAGGUACUUUUGGCUACCUAGAUCCCGAGUACUUUCAAUCUAGCCAAUUUACUGAAAAGAGUGAUGUCUAUAGUUUUGGAGUUGUUUUGGUUGAACUCUUAACGGGUGAGAAACCGAUUUCAUUAACUAGAUUUGGUGAAGAUAGAAAUUUGGCUAUGUACUUUAAGUCAGCUAUGGAAGAAAAGCGUGUUAUGUCUAUUUUUGAUGCAACAAUGAUUAAAGAGGGUACUAGGGAUGAGCUCUUGUUAGUAGCUAAUCUUGCAAUGCGAUGCUUAAAUAACAACGGGAAAAAUAGGCCAACCAUGAAAGAAGUAGCAAUGAAAUUAGAAACCAUAAGAACGUUGCAUGUUCCCUCUAUGGUUCAAACUAACAUGGGACAACUAGUGUACAGGGAAGAAUUAGCGAUGCAAACGUAUGGCGAAUCAUCAUCAACAUUCAUGAGCUUCGAUGACAACAAUGCCAGUCAAUGAUGACAGAAGUACUCUAUUUCAAUGAUAGGUUCGAUGAUUCCCAGGUGUAGACAUUGGUGAGGCACAUAUACCAUUAUGAAUGUCAUAUAUGAAUCUACCACAUCAAAUCUAUAAUUGUUGAAUGAGGAGCAUUCGGCCAAUCAUUUUAUUCUUGCUACAACUCUUGUUAGUUUUCUUUAUCAUAAAGAUAUAUUACUCAUUAAAAAUAUGUUCUUCAUUUAAAGAUUUGACUUAACAAUUUUCAGGUUAUACGCAUGAUAUUUUAAUUAGUUAAACUCUUUAA